CUGUCCCAGACCACAAAAUUAUCAUAUCCACAUGUAACAGCAGCUACCAGGAUCAUAUCAGGAAUGGACUCCAGUGAACCAAGCAGGAAGAGGGUCAGACUAGACGGAGAAGGGUCUGCAGAGGAGGAGAGUAUGUCUAAAACACGUGUAGUGUUGGCCCUGUGUGGAUCAAUGAGCCCCAUAACCAAUUUACACUUGAGAAUGUUUGAGCUGGCUCGUGACUACCUCAAUAACUCUGGUCGCUACCAUGUUGACAGAGGGAUCAUAUCUAUUGUCCACGAUGCCUACAAAAAGAAGGGGCUGGUCAACUGUUCACACCGCAAGGCAAUGGUGGAGCUGGCUCUGCAAGGGUCCAAUUGGAUCAAGUUAGACACCUGGGAGUGUGAUCAAGCAGCUUGGACUCCCACCCGCCAACUAAUGGAGCACAUGCAAGAGACAGCCACUGCACAGUCAGGUGGUCAGGAGAAGAUAAAGCUUCUCUGUGGAGCAGAUCUAUUAGAGUCCUUUGCCACCCCAGGACUGUGGUCUCCAGAGGAUAUUCAGACAAUUGUGGGCAAAUUUGGUGUUGUAGUCAUCUCUCGGUUUGGUCAUAAUGCUGAGGAGUUUGUCUACAAGUCAGAUGAUCUAUUCCCCCUCAAGAACAAUAUCGAUUUAGUGACUGAUUGGAUUCCAAAUGAUGUAAGCUCCACUAAGAUCAGACGCAGUAUUCGGAGGGGAGAGAGUGUGAAGCACCUAAUCCCUGACUCAGUCAUUGACUACAUCAAGCAGAACAACCUCUACACUGGACCUGACACACCCCCUCCGACCUCCUAGUACCCAACAAGACCUCCAACAUGUUGAGACAUAGAAUAUUUUUUAUGCAUAUAACUAUACAAAUCAACUCUUGGAACUUUUUUUUUUUAUGAACAAAAAUUAUAUGUACCAUAACUUGAUAAUAAUAAUAAUAAGACAUUAAUUUGUGCACACA